AAUCCUGUCUCCGCGGAGUAGAUAGCCCACACCCAACGGGCGCCGUCUCCGGCUCGAAGCCUACAAAACAAAGAUAGACAGACAUGAGAUGAGAGCUAGAGAAAUAGAUAUCUUUAGGACGGAAAACGGAAGUGAUUUCUCUGCUAGAUCCGAGGGAGGAAGGUAUCGUUGAUUACACUUCGUAGAUGGGGGGCGCCCUGCAACGGCGUCGCCGGAGAACCCGAGAUCUGCGUUGGAGGAUUGCCUUGACUGGUAAAAGAAAGAGAUUACUCUGUCAAGAAGAUGGCAAUAGUGAUAAUCAAGCUGGCGAAAUCAUAAUAAGUUCAAUCCCUGACCUUCUGAAAAGAAAGGGAUUAACCUGUCGAGAAUAUGACAUUGAUGAUUCUCAAGCUGGCAAUACAAUUAGAAGUUCAAUCCCAGAUCUUUCUGUUAAAAUAAAGGGUUUACCCUCCCAAGAAGAUGACAAUGGUGAUAUUCAAGCUGGCAAAAUAAUAAGAAGUUCUAUUCCAGACCUUCCGGAGGACAUACUGUUGCGUAUACAUUCGUUAAUGCCAAUGCGUGAAGCUGCUCGUGCUGCUUGCAUAUCUCACUCUUUCUUACAUUCCUGGAGAUGUUAUUCCAAUCUCAUAUUUAAUAAGGACACAAUUGGCUUGAAGAAAACAUCGCGUGGUGAGAAUUUCCACCACAAAAUUGACCGCAUUCUGAGGAACCAUCAAGGCAUUAGCUUGAAAACAUUCAAGCUUGACUAUAGUGGUAUGUGCGGGUUUGAUGGAACUAGUUAUCUUGACAGAUGGCUUCAAAUUGCUCUUAAACCGGGGUUUGAAGAACUCACACUUGAGCUGCCUGAAACCAAGAGAAUAUACAACUUCCCGUGUUCAUAUUUAUUUGAUAGUGUUCGAAACUCACUUCGGUACCUUAAACUUCGUCAUUGUGCCCUCCAUCCCACAGUUGAACUUGGCCCCUUGAGAAGCCUAACAAGUCUGCAUCUGUGGUUUGUGAGCAUUACAUGGGCUGAGCUAGAGUGCCUUCUUUCCAAUUCUCUUGCUUUGGAGCAUUUAGAUGUUUGUCGUUGCAUGGAGAUUAGAUCCCUGAAGUUACCUUCUGUCCUGCAACGCCUCAGCAGCCUUACUGUUAUGGACUGCUUGAGCCUGAAAGUGAUAGAGAGCAAAGCUCCGAACCUCUCUAAUUUUUACGUGAGAGGACACUGGGUUGACUUCUCGCUAGUCGAAACAUUGCAAAUGAGGAAACUAGACAUCGGACAACAAAAUUUUAUCCGUGAUGCUCGUGCCAAGCUGCCAUCCAUUAUGCCAAAUAUUGAAACUCUUGUCAUAGGAUCAAGGUGGGAGGUGGUUGAUGCACCAAUGCUGCCUACCACAUUCCUCUACCUUAAGCACCUGAGCAUUCGAAUGGCAUUAGGAUCCUCUGCUGCUCGGCAAUAUGACUAUGUUUCUCUGGUUUCUUUCCUUGAUGCGGCUCCUGCAUUGGAGACUUUGAUAUUAGAAACGCUUCAGCUACGCAUGUUGAAUGAAUCGAUUUUUGUGGACUCACAACUGAGGCACAUACCCAAACGCCACCAUGGCUGCCUCAAGAGUGUGAAGAUCAGUCAUUUAAACAGCGCGAAGAGCUUGGUUGAACUUAUAUGUUAUAUUCUCAAGAAUGCUGUGUCGCUUGAGCAGCUUACAUUGGACCCCAUUUAUGGGGAGAGGUGUUAUCAUGGUAAGUAUGAACAUUGUGCUCCCGUUACGGAAGGGCUUCUGAUGGAAGCCCGGAGAGGGCUCUCGGCUAUCCGAACAUAUGUUGAGAAGGAAGUUCCAUCUAGAGUCGAAUUAACUGUUCUGGAGCCUUGCAGUCGUUGCCACACUAGGAUAUGAGAUCAAGACUGCUGAUAUCAUUGUAGUCGUGCAAUUCCAGCCUACCUUGCUUUGUUUGUUGAACUAUGUUAUGGCUGUGGUCCAAUGUACAAUAAAUUUAAUUUGGUCUUGGAUGUACCAUGCUUUGUUUCUGUACUAAAGGACAUGUUUGAUGAUUAGAUUUUGUAAUGUGACAUGCUGGUUUGUUUUCUGGAUAUAAGCUGACAGUUUAAAAUUUCAGUUUGUUUUC